AUGGUGGAGAUGGGCAGUAGUGCAGAAGGAUGGUGGAGGCCUGCAAUCAUUUUCUUCUUGAAACAUACUCCCAUCUUCUUCAAUCUUGCUGCCGUCAUCUUUCUUCUUCUUCACUUCUCUACAGUGACUUUGUUGUAUGCGUCCUUUGGAUAUUGGAAUUCUGGAUGCUUGGAUAUCUCGAUCAUUUUGAAAAUAAUGGAUGUUUAUUUUGAAUCUGAUAAAUUUUCUUCUUUUUGGAUAUUAGUCAAACUAUUUUCUUCCGGUAUCAUAUUAGAUUUAUGCUCUUGUGUGUUUGGUUAUCUUCGAGAUUCGAGUAUAGACAAAAUUCUUUCCAUGAAUAUGGCUUCAAACCCAUCAACUACUGCAAGUUGUACUCCUAUUAGCGUCGAUGAGUAUGAAAGUCCAGCAUAUGUUGUUUUCGAUCCUAACGUGUUACCUAUAACAAGUAAGCACACUUCGGCGGUUUGGAAUGAUUUCAAGAGAAAGAGAGUUGGUGGGGUAGAGAAGGCUGAGUGCAAUCAUUGUAAUAAGCUACUUUCCGCCGGUGCAAAGGCGGGAACUUCUCAUUUGAAGGACCACAUUCAAAGUUGUCGAAAGCGAAUAUGUCAAGAUCUUCGGCAAACAAGAUUAUUCGGUACACAACAUAAUGUGAAUGAUAGUAGUGAUUCUUUGACUUUGGCUCCUUAUGAAUUCCGUCAAGAAGAUGGAAGAAAGGACUUGGCCGAGAUGAUUAUAUUGCAUGAGUACCCCAUUAGCAUGGUUGAGCACUAUGGCUUCAGGAAGUACUCUAAGACUUUAUAACCUGGUUUUAAAGUACCGUGUCGUACCACUACUAGGAAGGAUAUAAUGAAGAGAUAUGAGGAUGAGAAGGACAAUAUUCUAGCUUUGUUGAGGAAAGUCAAAAGUCGAAUUUCAUUAACUACGGACAUGUGGACUGCAAGUAAUCAAAGGAAAGGCUAUAUGGCAGUCACUUCACAUUUCAUUGAUAAUGCGUGGAAGUUGCAAAGUCGAAUCAUAAGGUUUCUUUAUGUCCCUGCCCCACAUAAUGCCGAGGUUCUUGCCGAUGCAUUAAAACAAUGCAUUCA